UCGUGCCAGCCCGUGCCAGCCCGUGCCUGCACUUGUUGGACACCGCGACUGCGCGACCGCUCGGGUCUCGACUUUCGUCUCGUUGUUUCGUCUCGCAGCCAGGCCUGUCCCUGCCCCUGCCCCUGCCCCUGCCAUGCUGCUCCCCAACCCUCUCGACGCUCUCCUUCGCCCGAACAGCUGGUUCUGUUAUUCCAUUCUUGACUAUUCUCGUUCUCGACCUGAUCUUCCCAGUUAAUUAAUUGCCUUUCGGCUGUGCUCAUCGUGCAGUACCACCGACCCGACGGCCCUAUUCUCGACCCUGGCGGCCGCUUUUCUUUUUCCUUUUUCUAUUCCUAUUUGCUUCUGGUUCUUGUCGAUUAUUUCUUAUUCUUGUCCAAGGGGCCCGUUUGCUGACCAUCGGACCAUCGCAUGAACCCGUCUGGAGGCAGCCACCCCUCUCCCGAGACCGCAUUGGACGAGCAGGCAACGCAGGCAGAAAGGGGUCGCAUUCAGGUCUGCCGGCAGUUCAAGGUCGCACUCACUCGCUCGACUCGACUCGACUCGACCCGGCUGGGAGGACUCCGACGACACUCAUUCAUCGACUUGAUCUCACUCACUACUCAGUUCGCCCCAUCGACAUCGCCGGCUGCUGGUAUAGCUAGCUCCUUCUCUCGAACCCAGGCACAGAAUCAUAAUUCACCGGCGAGCAUCACAUCACUCUGUACCCAUGCGGUGGCGGUCGAGGGUAGCUUCUCUGUGACUUUCCCCAGCCUUCAAUGGCGUCCUCCUCCACAUUACAGCUUUUGCUCCUGGCAAGUAGCUUCUUCCAUGGCGCCUGGGCCCAGGAAACAGAGAUCCAGAACCACACGUGCAUACACAUGCCCAUUGUUCACUCCACAAACAAGAACAUCUUUUCGAAACGAGCAGUCGAGGUCCAGCUGGCCAACCGCUCUGAUGUCGCCUACUAUGCCCAGCUCAACAUCGGGUCGCCCGCACAGCCCGUCUACGUGCAGCUCGACACUGGAUCCUUCGAGCUAUGGGUCAACCCGACCUGUUCGGUACUGGACCCGUCAGACCAGGAAUUCUGCAACGCCGUCGGCUUCUACGACGCCACAAAGUCAUCCACCGCCGUCAACAUGCAGACCACAAAGACCCUCAACUACGGCAUAGGAUCCGCCAACAUCACCUACUUCAAGGACAGCAUAGCCCUUCCCGGCGCCCAGUCAGCAAUGACCGCCGUGCAGUUCGGAGUCGCCACCUCGAGCAAAUCUCAGUUUUCCGGCAUCCUGGGCAUCGGGUACGGGCUCGGCCUCACCACCAGGUACCCCAACUUUGUCGACCAGCUGGCCGCUCAGAACCAGACCAAGGUCAAGGCGUUCAGCGUCGCCCUGGGCAGCAAGGAUGAAGGGGAGGGCGUAAUCGUGUUUGGCGGCGUGGACACGUCAAAGUUCGCGGGGAGCCUGGCCACCCUGCCGAUCGUCCCGGCAGCCGACAGCCCGGACGGUGUCCCGCGGUACUGGGUCUCGAUGAACAACAUGUCCAUCACCCCGCCCAGCGGCAACAGGAAGAUGUACCCCAACACCACCAUGGACGUCUUCCUCGACACCGGGUCCACCCUCACCCUCCUGCCCCAGGCCCUCUGCGACUCGCUCGGCGCCGACUUUGGCUCCCCCGGCAUGGACGACAGCGGCUUCUACCCCAUCGACUGCUCCCUGGCCGACCUCCCCGGGACCGUCGACUUUGACUUCAACGGCGUUCAGAUCAAGGUGCCAUACAACGAGUUCAUCCGCUCGUCCGCCGGCUCAUUUGGCACCGAGAGCUGCGUCCUGGGCAUCACCCCUAGCGACUCCUUCACCUUACUGGGGGAUACUUUCAUGCGCUCUGCUUAUGCCGUCUUCGACCUUGAGACCGAUGCCAUCCACAUGCAGCAGUACACAAACUGCGGCGCCACGCCCGCCGCCAUUGCCAGCGCCGCAGACCUCACCACCCUCCAGGGCAAGUGCUCCAUCCCGCGCACCAUGGUCCCGGGGCCGGGCACCGGCUCGGCCUCAGAACCUUCGUCCACGGACCCGGCUGGCCGCCCCACCGGUCCCGGUUCUGGAUCCGGCUCCGGCUCAUCAUCGGGCCCCGCCCCGGUGUCGACGGGCGCGGCGGCAUCUCCCGGGGGAGGUGGUUCCUCGUCCUCGGGCGGCUCGUCCACCUCGGCGGCCCACCUGAGGCGCUGCUCGCCAGCGGCUCUUGCCGUGGCCAUGGUGGUGCUGCUGGCCCUGAUCUGACCUAAUCUUGCGCGUACAUAUUAUCAAUAUUGCAGGUGUCCCCCUCUCUUGUCAAGGGGGACUGGCGUGGGCCGGCUGGCUGCUCUGAUUUUGUCGAGUGUGCAUCAAGCGGGGCGAUCGAUCUGUGUUUCUCCUCUACCUUUCGGUCGCAUCAAUUGCACCCGGGUGUGUGUUUAAUGCAUUUUAAUUCGGCGGGGAGAGUGUGCACUUAGGAUACCACUUUUGCGAGAUCUUGCAUGGAGAUAUGGCGUUUACGUAGAGAUGUAGCAUUGAAUCGAAAUCGAAAUCGAAAUCGAAAUCG